AUGAAAAACGUGAGCAAGAUUGUGAUCGUGCCGGGCAACCACGUGGCAGACGUGAAGAAGUCUAUUUGGUACUACUGGUGCCAGCAGCAUCUGCUCAAGGGCCUGAAUGUUCGUCGGCUGGGCAUCCCCGUCAUACUGGAGGACAUGCCCGACCCCGACGCUGCCCACCGCGACGUAUGGCUGCCCUUCAUCAAGCAGGAGCUGCGCUGCGACGAGAACACCAUCCUCAUCGGCCACAGCUCUGGCGCUGAAGCAGCCAUGAGUCCUGAGGAGAAGGAGAGCGGGUACUACACGGGCGAGUGGCAGUGGGAGCGGAUCAAGGCCAACGCCGACUGGAUCGUCCAGUUUGGCAGUACCGACGACCCAUAUCUUCCCCAGAAGGAGAUGGACUACGUUCAUGAGAAACUGGGGACAGAGUACCACAUGUAUAGCGACAAGGGCCACUUUCUCCUCGGCGAGUUUCCCGAGCUGGUGGACGUCGUUUUGCAGAAGACGGACAUGCUGCAUCAUGGCCCCCAGGAUCAGACGCACGGCCUUCCCAAAUAA